GUCGAAGGAGGCGGAGUUGUCCGGGGUAGCCUGGCGGAGAAUGCCGACUUCUGGCGUGCGCGGGUGAGUGGUGUUGCUGCUGACUAUUGCCUGCCUAGAUGAAGCAUUUGGCACCCCUCGUCCUUCUUGCCUGUGGCUCCUUUAACCCCAUAACAAACAUGCACAUGCGUUUGUUUGAACUGGCAAGAGAUCACUUUCAUCAAACAGGAAAGUACCAAGUGGUUGGAGGUAUAAUUUCACCUGUUAGCGAUAACUACGGAAAGCAAGGACUGGCGGCAGCAAAGCAUCGGAUAGCAAUGGCUCGACUUGCACUGCAGACAUCCGAGUGGGUCAGAGUUGAUCCUUGGGAGAGUGAGCAAAGGCAAUGGAGUGAGACCUUAACAGUUCUCAGGCACCAUUACAAAGAACUUCUUAAAUCACACCAUAUCAGAGAACUGCCUGGGGAGAACAAUUGGCCCAUAGAAAAAGCUGCCGGGGCAUCGCUGGCUUCAUCCCUCACAGUUGUCCCGGAGCUAAAACUUCUUUGUGGAGCUGAUUUUCUGAAGACAUUUCAAACACCAAACCUUUGGAAGGAAGAACACAUUUUAGAAAUAGUGGGAAAGUUUGGGUUGGUAUGUAUUAGUCGUGUUGGCAGUGAUCUUUCUCAGUGCAUCGUUGAAUCAGAGCUUUUAAGUAGAUACCAACAGAAUAUCCACUUGGUUAGAGAGUGGGUUCAAAAUGAAAUCAGUGCCACAAGCGUAAGGCAUGCUUUGCACAAAGGCCACAGUGUGAAAUACCUGGUUCCAGAUCCUGUUAUUUCAUACAUUAAGCAACACAAUAUCUAUACAGAAGAGACUGAAAGGAAAAAUGAAGGGGAUUUGCUGCAGCCUCUUAAGCAAUACAAUGCUGCGCUCAGCCCUCUUAAUGACUGAUAGCUCUACUUUACCAAAUCAGUGUAAUUAUCCAUUUCAAAGUGGGGGGAGGGGAAGCCAAAUACUUUAUCUGUAAAGGAAGGUAAUCUUGACUGUAGUCAUUUGAGAUUGAUCCAUUUUAUAGAAGAUCUGUACACCAGGGCAAAACCUUUGAGGCGAUGUGAUGUGGCUCUGUUUACACAAGGACUUUUAACUGCCUUUGAGUGUUGGGGACGGUUUUACACACAUAAUGGGGAUUCCUGUCGGGCUGUCUUCCUAUGUUUAUAAAUGAAGAAAGUAACCUUUGUUCUACCUGAUUCUCUUUGCAAGGAUUGGAGUAUGAUUUUGUACAACGGGGUUGCUGGGUUGGGGAUAUAUUUUCACUUACAAGAAGUACUGUUUGCUAUAUUGGGCUUAUGUCAUUGAUUGCCACAAGAGUUACUUCCACAUAACGGCUGCAUUCAGAUCAUUGUCCAUGGCUUCAUAAGCCAUGGUUUAUGAUGCCACGGACUAGCACUGUGGCUAUGUAGUCUUCCCUCACCCCUCCCCUCUUCCUAUCAUGUGCCAGCUCCAGCAUGAAGAUCUUGGCUUGCCUCAAGCCAUAGUUCCCCAUUCCAUCUGAACCUCAGAACUUUGGCAUAAUGUUGGUUUUCAAACCUGGAAAAAGGAGCCAAUAUGUGAUGGUUUGAUGAAGCCUUGGACCGAUCAUUCGAACACAGCCAAUCUGGAAUUGCAAUGUUAUAGGCAUUUUUUAUUUGUUUCGGAGAAAACCUGCUUUAACAUUUUUAGUAACAUUUCUCUAUACAUUUUUAAGCCAUCUUGAAUUAUUGUUAUAAGCUUUUCACUAUCUCACAAUGUUAUAACGCUUUUAGUGUGUCUGCUUUAGUGUAAAAUUGACAGCCACUGUCAUGUUGUUAUAUAAAGAGCAAUCCUACUUGUCAGCAUCAGAUUUGCAAGGACUGAUGUUACCCUCCAUUAAUGGAUUGAUAACAUUUGUUGUAAAUUGCACUAUUCUACUGCACCAAUUGUAUUUUUAGAGAUGCAAAGUGAGAAACCAUAAUUUUUUCAGUAGUGUACAUCUUCACCUCUGUAUGGGUAUUUUACAAGCCCCUAUAAUGAAUUCAAAGAAAUUCAGUUGAUUUGCAGGGACACCAGUACCAAAGCAAUGGCCUUUUCUGCCACAGGAAACUCCUGGUCAUCUUUUAACAUAAUAUAGACAGAAUAUCCAGUACACAUCUUCACCAACCCGUCCAGAGGAUGGAAUUGCAAGUUCUGUUACCUUCCAGGCAAUAUCUAAGAGGAGUAUUGCCUAUAUGUGGUUCACUCCUGUUGGCAACUGAUUUUUCAAAAGGCUGUAUAGCCGGAGCAUACUUUUACUUAUUAUCUAUUUUAUAGUCCAACUUUCUGCUCAGAAACCAGAGGAUUAUUUACAAAAGUGUCUCCAGCCAACUUGUUUUGAGGAGAUAAUAAUUCUAGCCAGAGUCCUGAAAGAUGCUUAUUUCAUUAUGGUUCUGUAAUAAUCUAGUAGUGGCAGAAUACAAUGCACAUUUAAAUAAAUGUUGAUCUGUAUGCGGCUUCAUAAGAAAUC